AUGAACGUCCUCAUCGGAACGACGACAACAACGUUAAACGACGAACCAAAACAACCGUUGUUAGAAGAAAAACCGACGAAAACCGUGGCACUUCGAAAAGCAUUCAAGCUCACCGCUCAUCUAGCCAACCUUCUUCCGACCGGCUCCGUUCUCGUGUUCCAGAUCCUCUCCCCGAUUUUCACCCACGAAGGCAAAUGUCGGACCCAAGUUAGCCGGACUUUAACGUCGACCCUCCUCUCUCUUUGUGCAAUCUCUUGCUUUUUCCUGUGCUUUACUGACAGCUUUCGCGAUAGCGCUGGAAAGGUUCGUUAUGGGAUGGCGACCUUCUCGGGUUUAUGGGUUAUCGACGGGUUGGCUAAGGUUCCACCUGAGAAGGUUUGCGAGUAUAAGGUGAAGGUUAUUGAUGUAUUUCAUGGGGUGUUAUCGGUGACAGUUUUUGUGGUGAUCGCCAUUUUUGACAAGAAUGUUGUCAACUGUUUCUAUCCAGAACCAUCGGAGGAGAUGGCGGAGCUUCUGUGGAUGUUGCCGAUAGGUGUCGGAGUGUUAUGCAGUCUCUUGUUUGCUGCAUUUCCUACAACUCGACAUGGGAUCGGCUUUCCACUCUCCAAGAAGUAG